AUGCCUCCAAAACGCAUGACUGCGAACCCCAUCAAGCCAGCCCGCUACCGGCCCGGCAAAGCCCACCAGCCAGACUCAUCCUCCGAAUCCGACUCGGACGCCGACGACAAGGGCGCCGGCCACGACGAUGACGCCGCUGCCGCCGCCGCCGCCGCCAUCCCGCCACCCCCCAAGGCCCCCUCCGCCGGCAAGAUCAUCUCCUCUUCGGCCCUGGGCAGCCUGAACCUCGACCAGCGGCGCCGCGAAGCGCAGGCCAAGGAAGCGGCGCGCGUCGCCGCCGACAGGGCGGCGCAGGCCGCAGCGGAAGAGGGGUUCGUGACCGAGGAAGACGAGGACGAAGACGAAGUCAGCGAGGAAGACGAGAGCAGCAGCAGCGAGGAGGAAGAGGAGGCGGCGCCGCGGCGGCUGAUGCUGCGGCCGAAAUUCAUCCCGAAGAACCAGCGCGGUGGCCCUUCGGCGACGACGGCGCCGGCGGCCGAGGAGGAGGAGGAGCGGCGGCAGGCGGCCGAGCGGGCGCGGCGCGACGCCGAGAGGGACGCCAUGGUCGAGGAGCAGAUCCAGAAGGACCUCGCGGCGCGCAGGGCGGGGAGGCAGCACUGGGAGGACGCCGAGGGGGCCGGGCGCCGGGGGCGAGUCGGGACUUCGGACGUCGACACGGAGGACGCGGUGCUACCGCCAGGCGAGACGGCAGCCGUGAUGACGACAGACGGAGGCACAGGUCGCGCUCAGGAUCACCACGGCGGCGGCGAGACUCGCGUGACGACCGUGACCGGAGGAAACGCAGUCCGUCGCAAGAUCGCAACCGCCAUCACGAGAGUGACAAGCGGCGCCGGGUAG